AUAUUCGAAAAAAGAUAGAACUUUAUACUGCUUGGAGUACAGAAGUCAUUUAAGGGUUUUGGGGUUGAAGACGAAGUAGAAAUGAGAGGAAAGAAAUCUGAGGCGCAGGAGGAUGAAGGUGUACAGAGCUCAUGUGUGGCGUGGUGGGAUGAUGAAGAUGAACAGGGCGUACCUGUGUCUCCAGAACAUGAUGACGGCACGCCUUCAGCUAGUAGAAAUCCCAGAGAACGUAUUCAAUUUUCACAAUCCUAUUUGCAAUCUGCCCUCAAGGAUUUGUAUAAGCAGUUUGAUGACAUGAAAGCCGAUUUGGAUAAAACGGAAGAAGAGAAUAUGCAAUUGGUUGAGAAAAACGAAAAACUAAAGGAGAGGCUCAACAGGGCUAAAGACCGGGAAAAGUCUCUCAAAAAGGAUCUUGCGCAAUCACAGAACAAGCUGCGGCAGAUAUGCACAACAGUUUCUGCAGUUAAAGAAGAAUGUGAUAAAAUAUGUGAUCAACAAGAGGCGGAUCCGCAACUUUCUAAGAGUAAAAAAUAUGUUCUUAAGGUUCUCGAGGUUAACAACUUGUUGAAUUGCUCAAUUUGCUCUGAACCAUGGACUGAAUCGGGAGAUCAUACGGCCUGUUCUCUUCCCUGUGGCCAUUUCUUUGGCAGAUUAUGCAUAACACAAUGGAUACUAGGAAAUGAAAAAGAUGGUUCUGCGAGGUGUCCACAGUGUUCAAAGGGAGCUACUUUAAGUGAUAUAAGAAACCACUGUGUAUCCCAGAUUUAUGAGGGGGCCGAUGAAGCUUGAACAUGCAGAUUAGUUAGUUUUAUUGAUAUACUUUACCAUGACAUUUAUGAUAUUGUCUAUGUUGAGGGAGACCAUGCUUGAUAUCUGACUAUAUUUAGUUUGAGUUUUGAAAAUCUUGUGAAUGGGUUAUUGGAGACUUCAAAAGACAAUUUUGAAUUAUUCAAAUAAUUGUUCUAAUUUAGAUAGUGAA